AUGGAGUGGCAGGAUCUGUCCCUGGGCCUCUCGUUUACGGUGUGCGGAGGAGACACGGGGAGAGAGGCAGGGAGGAACCUCCCCUCUUUCUUUGCUUAUCCCCACCUUCUGGGAAGGUGCGGGAAGCGUGAGCCGUUUCGAGUGUGGGGCGGCCGGGACUGGCUGCUGGAAUGCAGCUGGGAGGCUGCGCUGGAGGCGACUUGUGCGGCGGAGUGGGGAAAGAGGCAGUUUCUGCAGCCGCGGAUUGAGAAUCGCUGUUCUAUUUGCUUACUUCAGGGCACGUUUAAACUAGUACGGGAGAACUUCCUUGUGUUUCUGAGGUACCAGAUCUAUUAUGGUUACCCUCUGCAGACGUACCUGGAACAUCCCAUCGUCAUUGCACGAGAUGUCAUUCUCCUCCUGCUAAUUCUGCAUUUCAGUGGGAGCAUGAAAUGAAUUUUGGGGGGGGGGGGGGGGCUGUACAUGUUAACACUGCAGAAAUGGAUAAUAGACCUGGCCAUGAAUUUGUGCACAUUGACCAGUGCAGCCAGUAAGCUGGCUCAGCUUUGGUGCCUCUGGCAAACAAAAGAUUCUGGACAAGCGAGUGUCUUGACCUGGAGUAUGUCUGCAUAUACCUGGGCAAUUCUCUUCCACUUCAUAACCAUGCUUGUUCUCAAUGUUUGGGUCACAGCCACAACCCUGCACCACAGGAAAACUAAAAAAGAAUGA